AAGCCAAAAAAAUAAAAUUUUGUGUAGCAAAUGAUGAAGAAACUACUCCUACUCUAAACACUCUGACCCCUGUCUAUAUUAGCCUAAAGAGCAAAGAUUUUGGUCUCCAAAUUUUUAACUGCCUCUCUUCUUUCCUUUCCCAUAAUCCCAUAUAACACCACAACCCUCCCCCAUCGCUCCGUUUUUGGGAAACCCCGAUUUAACGGGUCUAUGAUUUUUUCUUCUUCUUCUUUCGGUUUCAAACUUUUCAAGUUUCAAAUUCACUCGCUGUUGUUCUUCACUCCCUUGUUGCUACCCAUUUCACAUCCUCCCUUUUCUUCAAAUACACGGUAUCCUUAUCGUCCGUUUUUAUUUUUUUUUUCUCUCAUUUCUAACUCCCAUAAAAGUUAUCAAUAACUGCUUCGGACCUUAUAUAUAUUAGACCCUCCCCCAACCCGAAGUCUCACAUAAGGUUCUGCGUUGCGUUAGUAUAUAGAGAAAAAAACAACAAAAAAGAAGAAGCCUUUUUUUGUGAAGUUUGAGGUUUGUGGAGAAAUGGUGGCGGUGAGUGAAGAAGUGGUGGCGGUGGUGGUGGUGAGGGAGUUCGACCCGAAAACCGAUUGUAGCGCGGUGGUGGAAUUGGAGGGAAGAUGUGAAGUCGGGCCAAGUGGAAAGCUCUCGCUUUAUACUGAUCUUUUGGGUGACCCAAUUUGCAGAAUCCGUAACUCGCCGGCCUAUCUCAUGCUGAUUGCAGAGUUGGUGAUUCUGGGAGAUGGCAAAGUGAGGAGAGAAAUUGUGGGGAUGAUUAGGGGUUGCAUUAAAACCGUUACGUGUGGAAAGAAACUGCCCAGACCCACUGUCAACCACCCCAACGUUUCCGAUUCCCUUCCUGUCUGCACCAAGCUUGCUUAUAUCUUAGGCCUUCGCGUUUCUCCUUCCCACCGGAGGAAAGGAAUUGGAAUGAAACUGGUGUGUAAAAUGGAAGAGUGGUUCAGAGAAAAUGGGGCUGAAUAUUCUUACAUGGCUACUGAAAAUGACAACCAAGCUUCCAUCGACCUCUUUACCCACAAAUGUGGCUAUUCCAAGUUCCGUACUCCCAGCCUGUUGGUCCACCCGGUCUUCGCCCACCGCCUCCGCCUCUCCCGCCGGGUCACCAUCCUCAAACUCAACCCCGCCGACGCCGAGCUCCUCUACCGCCGCAAAUUCUCCACCACCGAGUUCUUCCCCCGGGACAUUGACUCCAUCCUCCACAACAAGCUCAACCUCGGCACCUUCCUGGCGGUUCCGGCUGGUUCCGUCACCGCCGAGUCGUGGCCGGGCGCCGCCGAGUUCCUGGCGAAUCAACCCGACUCGUGGGCCGUGCUCAGUGUGUGGAACUGUAAGGACGUGUUCAAUCUGGAGGUACGUGGCGCGUCCACGUGGAGGAAAGGGAUUGCUAAGACUACCCGGGUAGUGGACCGGGCCUUGCCUUGGCUGCAGCUGCCUUCGAUCCCGAAAGUGUUCAGCCCAUUUGGGCUGCACUUUCUGUAUGGGCUGGGUGGGGAGGGCCAACUAGCGGUGAAACUCGUGAAGGCCCUCUGCCGGUUCGCGCACAACUUGGCCAAGGACGGCGGUUGCGGGGUGGUGGCGACGGAGGUGGGCAGCCGGGAACCGUUGAAGAUGGGGAUCCCACACUGGAAAAGGUUGUCGUGUGAGGAGGAUCUGUGGUGCAUAAAGAGAUUAGGGGAAGAGUACAGUGACGGGUCAGUGGGUGACUGGACUAAAUCACCACCAGGGCUGUCGAUAUUCGUUGAUCCCAGAGAGUUCUAACGGUCUGACAUUUCAUCAUCAUCAACUCGUCAUCUAGACACCAGAAUCUAACUCAGCUUAGUUAGUUGUUGCUAGUUGUUGCUGUUUUUUUUUUCUUUUUUUUUUGGGGGUUUAAUUUUUAGGAGUUUUAAUCUUUUUCCCCUUUUAAAAAAAAUGAGAUUCCAAACCGGAAAAAUAUUUUGUAGGAUUUGGAAGAAAGGGAAAAAGCUCGUAGUGACGAUAUCAGC